CAACAAGAAGCUCAAAGCAUCACUAUAGGAAACAGUACUAGAGCUCUCUUACCAAACCACCACGACACCCCGACAAUCAAUCCAGACAAAGAACAACAAGAAAAAAUGCCAGACCAAACCAAAUACACCACCAAACUCUCAAACGCCCGCGUUCUGAUCAUCGGCGGCACCUCCGGUCUAGGCUACGGCCUCGCCGAAGCGCUCCUAGAAUCCAACGCGACAAUCGCCCUAGCCUCGUCGACGCCCUCGCGCCUCUCAUCCGCAAAAGCCUCCCUCUUAGCAUCCUACCCCAGCAAAGCCUCAAACAUCUCCACCUUCACAGUCGAUCUCUCGCAGCCCGCGACGCUCGACGCACAACUGUCUUCGCUGUUCGAAAGCGCGGUCAAGGAGAUUGGAGGGGACGAGGGUAUGCUGGAUCAUGUGGUGUAUACAGCCGGGGACGCGCUGUUUAUGACUUCGAUCGAGGACCUGGACAUCGACAAGGUGAUUGCGGCGGGGAGUCUGCGGUUUUUCGCGCCGUUGAUGGCGGCGAAAUAUGUGCAGCGCUACGUGAGGAAGGAUGCCGCGAGCUCGUAUACGAUUACGAGCGGCGCGGUUGGGGAGAAGCCGAAUAAGAAUUGGAGUGUUGUCGCGAGUUAUGCUGGUGGGCAGCAUGCCAUGAUUAGGAAUUUGGCGGUGGAUUUGAAGCCCGUUAGGGUUAAUGGGGUUGCGCCGGGUGCUGUGGAUACCGAGAUGUGGAAGAUGGGCGAGGAGGCCAAGAAGAAGAUGUUUGAGGGCAUCGGGGCGGGCUUGUUGACGGGGAGGGUGGGGAGGGUCGAGGAUGUUGUCGAGAGUUAUUUGGCUGUUUUGAAGGACGGGAAUAUGGUUGGGACUAUGAUUAGGUCGGAUGGAGGGCAUACAAUUGUCUGAGGUACUCUUGUGAAGGAAAAGGAUUAUGGUGGGGGGGGGGGGUAGUAUUGAGGACUUUUGUUCUUUUUAUUUAUGCUAGCAAUAUACUGGAUUUCGUCGUUUAUCCUCAUCCUCAUAUCCAUGGCAGACCACUACUGCUAUCUGUCCUCUCAUUUCUCAACCGCCCCUUCAGCUUUUGCUAUGAUAUCGCUGUCGAAUGACAUCGUCAAUUUCGGGUAUAU